AUGCCCUUGACCUCCAUAGCGAGCGCAGCGUCAUCCAACGCACGGCUGCACACCGCCGCUGGCUUCCUCGUUCGCCUCGACCUCCUCCACGAGCGACCUCCUCCACGCGCGUCCUCCUCCUCAGGCGUCCUCCUCCUCAGGCGUCCUCCUCCUCCUCGCAUCCUGGGCAUAUCAGCGUUGAUGGAGAUCCCGGCCGCGUGGAUGUGGCUCGCCGUCCUGGCGUUCGCGCCGGGUACCUCGGCCUUCCAGGAUCCGUAUGAGCCGGAUCCGGCGAAUCCCGUGUGGGUGUUCAAGGCCUUCAACUUCCUCACCAUUCUCACCGGGUUGAAGUACAACCUGGACCUGUACGUGCCUCGGACGGAGAGUCCCCUGCCCGUUCUCUAUUUUCUCCCCGGAUUUCAAGCCACGGUGCCCUCGACGCUGUACAGCACGGUCUUGAAACACGUUGCCAGCCAUGGAUUUCUCGUCGUCGGAGUCUGGAACCCGCUGGGCAUAAUCGACUCCGACUAUAGGGCCAAGGAACUGGAAGGCGUGGUCGGCUGGGUGGAGAGAAAUUUGGAGAACUGGCUGAGGAAGGACCUCCCGCUGCAAGUGAGCCUGGACCAUGCCCGGUCCACGCUGGCGUGCCAGUCCGCGGGAUGUCACAUCGCGGUGUCCUUCCUCUCCAACCAGGGUUGCGCGAACUUCAAAUCCCUAGUCAUGAUCAGUCCCGUGGAUGGGAAGGAUCCUUUCGGGAUCAUCCAGCAGUUCAUCAUCACGCCGAAUGAGAAAGUGCCUUUCUCCAUCCCCAGCUUGACCCUUGCCGCGGGACUCGAUCCGUUGCAGACAAUACCAUUCUUCCCCGCCUGUGCGCCGGAGAAUCUGAGCAACAAGAGAUUUUUCGACGCCAUGCGAGACGUUCCGAGGUGGUACAUCAGUGCCACGGACUACGGGCACGCCGACCUCUUGGACCCUAUCUAUGUCGCAGGCAAUCAACUGCUCAAGGUCUGCUCCACGAAUCCAUUAACCGACAAGGCCACCUACAGGCGGUACAUCGCCGGGCAGAUCAUUGCGUUCCUGCGAUCCUUCGAGAGCUUGGAGUCCUGCGAGCAGGCCCUGCCGCGGCUGAGGAGCCCGACCUUGGUCCGGGUCGAGACGGUGUCGUCCGGACUCGAUUGCGGGACGUCGACGCCGACCAUCGUCGGCGCCGACAAGUGCGCCGGCGGGGUGGCUCGGUGA